UGAGGAGAGAGUUGAGAGGACGCCCAGCCUUUCCUGCCUCCGUAGACCUCAACCACAGCCCGGCCAGCUCUGUCGCGACUGCCUGGUAUUGGAAAUUUCACCUGCUGGUUUUGGCGCAAAGAAUUAGGAUGACCUACAAAUGGUUUCUGUUUCUCCCUGGUGGGCUCAUGCUCUUGAUCUAGGGUGGGGGGGCAUCGCCCCGUUCUGCCAUGAAAGGCUACACCCCCCAGCGCACCCGCCACCUGUCCAACUGCGAGCCGCCCCGUUCUCCCAGUCACCUGGACCCUCUGUACCCCCUGUCCACAUCCUCCACCCUCUCUCACACCCCAUUUCUUCUACCAGCAGCCAUGGACCAUUACGGAGCCCUGGACCCGCACCACUUCUCCCCAUCGCCCAGCCCUGGAGGCCUUCCGCCCGACUGCCUGAUGCCCCACAACAACCAGCUGUCCUCCAGCAGCACCUUCCCCCGGAUCCACUACAACUCGCACUUCGAUCAGGGCGACUUCGGUCAUGCGGCCGACAGCAUCGGGGGAAUCAGCAGCGGGACGCUGGGGACAUCUAUGUCCAUGGGAAUGGGUCUCGGAGUGGGACGGACCGCCAUGAUCACUAGCGGAUCCGCAACUAUAUCCGGGGCAGGGAAGAUGAACCGGUUGCCACCAAACCUCCUGGACCAGUUCGAGAAACAGCUUCCAGGUCAACAGGAUGGCUUCAGCACGUUACAGUUCCAUCGCAGCACCGCGGUGACGACGACCAAACAGCAACAACAGCAACGGACGGACGUCAGUGGUGGAAUAAUAUGCUUAUUUGUUUACUUCGUGAAACUGUUUGCUAAAUCCCAGUCACUAGAAAACUCCACCAUCAGGGGAAACAUGAACGGCCGCAACAGCAGAUCGUCGAGCAGUGAUGACAAACACCAUCGGAGCAAAAGCAAAGACCGGGCGAAGAGUGAAGCAACGGCCAAAAGGAGGCCUCGAUCCAAUAUGUCUGGAUACUGGAGUUCUGAUGAUUUGGACAGUGAUAUUAGUAACUAUAGGAACCCAAAGGCCAUGAUGACUUUGGGUCGUCAAGCGGUGGGAUCCGGACCAGGGCCGGGCGGACAGGUGGCGUCCAGGUACUUCAUGCAGGGCUACAGCACCAUGAGCGAGCACAUGCUGAAAUCCUCAAAGAGUAACAGUGACGUGAAGCACCAGGGGCUCCCUGCACUCCCAGGACCCGGUGGCAGCGGUGGAGGUGGUGGGGGGGUCGGAGGAGGCCGAGGGCAAAUGUUUGACGGGAACUUUGGUAAAGGGGGACCCUGGUCCACGCUUACGUUAGGACCCACCAGACAGUUGUGCCAGAAGGGCUCGGCCACACUGGAUCGCACCCUGCUGAAGUCCAAAUCUGUCCAGCAGGAUAUGGGCUGCCACUUCCUGCAGGUGCACGGGAGGAUGCCGUCCACCGGCGACUGGACGGGGACUCUGGGCCGAAGCGGGCCCAUGGGCGAGAUCCCCUGUAGACGGAUGCGUAGCGGCAGUUACGUCAAAGCCAUGGCCGACCUUGAGGAUAGCGACGACUCUGACGGGAGUCCCAAACCCUCGCCGAAAAGCACUGCACGAAGGCAGAGCUACUUACGCGCAACACAGCAAUCACUAAGUGACCAGUUCCCCUCAAGAAACCGUCUGCUGGACUACUCGAUGCUGCAGGGGGAUCUGGAGGCUCUCUGGUCCCCCCUCCACAGCAUCAGCACCCUGCAGCAGAUCGGACGCUCUGUCAGCUGUCUUCCUUCUUUGCGAGAGUUCUCUGGCAAUCGCAGUCUGGAUAACCUGGACUGCAUCGGAGGCAGCCCUCCGUUCCCAAACUGGGAUGAUGACGACUUCAGUCAGGGCUGCAGCACGCUGGGACGCGGCAGCUGCAUCAGUCAGGUGCGAGACAUGGAGUUGAGCCAGCAUUAUAGAGAUGAGCUGGAGGACAUGCAUCCUCGCUCACGAUGCAGCGAUCCUCCUGACAUGCCCAUGCCCACAUGCUUCCGCUCCCGUAGCCAUAGUUACCUUCGUGCCAUUCAGGCAGGCUGUUCCCAAGACGACGACUCGGCGUCAAUGGAUUCUGAUUCACCGCCGCCCACGACCACAACGACUGUACGCACCUACAGCAACAGCACCGUCUCCACAUGUAUGACCUCCUGUAAGAGGGUGGCUCCGCCUCCUGUUCCCCCUCGAACCACCUCCAAACCCUUCAUCUCCGUCACCGUGCAGAGCAGCACAGAGUCUGCGCAGGACUGCUACCCCGACCACAACGACCGCAAGAGCGAGGUCAACAGCCAAUCAGGACGCAGCAACUCCUCCGACAGCCUCGACAGCCUGGCCAAAGGGUCACGACCCCAGCUUCCUGUAGCCCCGCCCCGUGAACCCCAGAUCCCGGCGGCCGUGGUCAUCUCUCCCAACCCGCUCCGAGAGUCCCAUCAUGAGCAGCUGAAGGGGGACGCGUGCGCGGCGGACGAACGCCCUGUAGACCCCGUCCCGAGACGGAAACUCUCCUCCAUUGGGAUUCAAGUCGACUGUCUUCAGGAAAUCCAGGCUAAAGUAGAGACGCCACCGCUAGCCAGAUUCCAGUCGAUCGGGGUUCAAGUGGAGGACGGCUGGACUUUCAGCCGCUCCAGUAGUAUGGCCUCUCGGCAAGAGACGGACUCAGACACACAAGAUCUCUCGCUCACAUCGCUGACGUUCCCGUCCAACUCCAAACACACCGAGAAGAAAGUCAUGGUCAACAGCGCCAGCCAAUCGGUGGACUCGCCUCCGCAGCUCUCCCUCGACAACGGUAACCAUGACAACGAUGUCGCUGUGACAACCAGCGGCCCCUCCCGACAGAUCCUGACCAAUCGCUCGACCACACAGAGCAGCUCCUCGUCCUUCUCCGAGAGUCUGGAUCCGGCCCUCGACCCGUCCUCGCUGCCGCCGCCCGAGCCCUGGCUGGAGGCGGGAACGGACGGGGAACGGGGGCCCCGCCCAGCCGCUGACGGGGUCCACAGGGGCCACGGCUGCCGGCGGGACGGUCACUGGUUCCUGAAGCUCCUGCAGGCCGAGACGGGCCGGAUGGAGGGCUGGUGCAGUCAGAUGGAGAAAGAGACCAGCGAGCACCAGCUCUCAGAGGAGGUUUUGGGGAAGGUCCGUAGCGCGGUGGGCUGCGCUCAGCUGCUCAUGUCUCAGAAGUUCCAGCAGUUCAGAGGCCUGUGUGAACAGAACUUGAAUGUGAACGCGAACCCGAGACCCACGGCUCAAGAUCUGGCCGGGUUUUGGGAUCUUCUUCAGCUCUCAAUCGAAGACAUCAGCCUCAAGUUUGACGAGCUUUAUCAUCUCAAAUCAAACGACUGGAAGCUGGAAGGAGACUCGCCGGAGAAGCAGGAGAACCAGAAACAGGCUCCUCCGGUGCCCAAGAAGCCUGGGAAGAGUAAAGCGGCCCUGGGCCGAGAGAAGAGCAACGACACGGUGGACAAACAGAGACAGGAGGCUCGCAAGCGGCUCAUGGCGGCCAAGAGAGCGCAGUCCGUCAAGCAGAACUCAACCACCGAGAGCACCGACAGCAUCGAGAUCUACGUCCCCGAGGCCCAGACGCGGCUCUGAGACGCACAGAGAACACGCUCAAGGGCUCCGGCGUCACACACACAAUACAACAAGCUGCUUUUGUCUUCUGACGGCGAUGUUUAAUAAGCGCAGGUGACGGAAACGACGCAGUGCAAACAGAACACUUUUUUUUGGACUGCCAAGGAAAACCUCACAACGAAUCUUAAUAGUUGCAAUUAAUAUUAUUAUUAUUGAUAUGAUAAUUAAAAUCGAACUGCUAUUGAUAAUGAUUAUUGUCCUAACUUCUAUCAGAUUGUUUUAAAUGUUCUAAUAUUUUGGAUAAGAACUGUAACUCGUCUGUCGCCCACCGCUCGCUGGAAUUCACGUCUUCCUGUUACACGCUUCUCUUUCUGUUCUUCCUUCAGUCAGUGAUGCUCCUCGUCUCUUAUUUACAGUCCGGAUUGAUGGAAGCGAUAGAAACGCUUUUCUCCAGCCUGCUGCUGGUGGAUAAACAGAUGCGGUGUGUUUCAGGUCAGGCAGGUGGCGCUCUUCCAUUUCCUGCGAAUUUGUUUUGAUGUUUACAAAUCAUGCGUUGUGGGAUAUCAAGCGUACCUCAGCCGUUUCUCCAUCUCAGGUCCUGAAGUCUCACGGUUGUCAGGUUUUCAGUCCCAGUGGUCCUUGUUUUUUCUGCUUUGCUUUGAGAAACCUGAUAUUUCAUCGAAUGAAGUGCCUGUGGAUCAUUAUUGUGGGCGAUGUUAUGACCCUUGUAGCAAUAUCAAAGAUUAUAAUAUCACGAUUUAAUCAGCGCUCCCUAAAACACGUAGUGUAGACGCUUUGUGGUCAGUCUGAUAAAACCUAAGGAAUGAGCUGAAUGUGAUUCUUCGCUCCAUUUUAUCAUUCUGCUUCUCUUUCAGGUCUGUACUUGGCGCUCUUCAUCAUUUCUCCCAUUCUUCUCCUGUUAGUUUAAAUAUAGUAUCAAAUAGGACUAGAUAAAGCAGACUUCUCUGUAACUGUUGAUCGGGGAUGUUGUAAACUCACAAAUUCAGUUUCACAAAUACAGUCCAUAAGAGAAUUACAAACUUGAUGUCCUGACUAAAAUGUGACUCGAUUUGGACUAUUAAUUUUUUUAUUUUUUAUCAAACAAGGUAAUUAGGUAAAGGUAGUUGGUAAAGCUGCUAAUUAAAAAAACUUACCUACAUAUUCUAAUAUUAAUGCAAUUUUGUUAAUUUCAUCCUUUGUGUAAUCUGACUUCUGAUUUGUCCAGUACAAACUUACUGUAUGUUUCAUAACUCUUUCCAUGCGCCACCAUUUAAAAAGUUUGGGGUUGGUAAGAUUUUUUUUAGGGUUUUGAAAUUCUCUGUUGCUCACUGAGGCCGCAUUUAUUUGAUCAAAAAUACAG